AUGCCGCUUAAUUAUCUCCAAUAAUUCAUCAAAGCCUCCACUUCCUGCCCGAACAGUUCAGUUCAGGAAGAAGAAAUAAUGGCGACGCUUCUGGGGUCCGAGUCCCCUUGUACUGGAGGAAAACGAAGAAAUUGCAACAGCAAUAUUGUCACAAAGUUCACGGCCAGUAAAAUUACCGGCCAGGGUUUCAGUCGCGGCACACAGCUCCCAGGAGGCCUUCUCCAGGAGAGAGAUAAACGGGCCAAGUGGAAUGGCAUCCCUACUCUGCUGCAGAAGCUCUAUGAGAGCAGCCAUCCCAACAGUGACCUCUCCCAUGCCCACAACGUUCUUAAGGUAUUAUCAUCCCAGCUCUCUAUGGAGGCCAUGUCUUUUGUCACGGAGGACAGGAAGACCGCUCAGGAAUCCACCUUCCCCAACACGUACACCUUUGACCUCUUUGGUGGAGUCGAUCUGCUUGUGGAGAUCUUGAUGAGACCCACACUAACUAUGCAGAAGAAAAAACCCAAAAUGAAUGAUGACUUGGUCAAGGACUGCCUUAGUGUUCUCUACAACUGUUGUAUAUGUACGGAGGGGGUCACAAAGAGCCUGGCAGCGAGAGAUGAUUUUGUUCUGUUUCUCUUCACCCUGAUGACAAACAAGAAGACCUUCCUACAGACUGCUACUCUAAUUGAAGAUAUUCUUGGAGUCAAAAAGGAGAUGAUCCAGUUAGAAGGCAUCCCCAACCUGUCAGGCCUGGUCCAAAGCUUUGACCAGCAACAGCUGGCCAACUUCUGCCGCAUCCUGUCUGUCACCAUCUCAGAACCCGAUGUAGGAAACGAUGACAAGCACACCCUGCUGGCCAAAAAUGCCCAGCAGAAACGCAAUGCUAGCCCGUCACGGGCGGAGGUCAACCAGGUAACCCUCCUGAACAUCCCUGGGUUCAUUGAGCGGCUGUGUAAGCUGGCUACUAGAAAGGUGUCUGAGGCCACAGGAGCUAACUUCCUGCAGGAGCUGGAGGACUGGUACACAUGGCUGGACAAUGCUCUGGUGCUAGACGCCCUUAUGCAGAUGGCUACUGAGGAGGCUGAGCAAAGUAGUACAGAGUCAUCAGAUGAGAGUUCCCUGGCCACCAGCCCCCUGAGACAUCGACUUCCCCAGUCCAUGAAGAUUGUCCAUGAGAUCAUGUAUAAAGUGGAAGUGCUCUAUGUGCUAUGUGUCCUUCUCAUGGGCCGACAAAGGAACCAGGUCCACAAGAUGCUGGCUGAGUUUCGUCUCAUCCCAGGGCUCAAUAACCUGUUUGACAAGCUGAUCUGGAGGAAGUACACUGCUUCAAAUCAUGUGGUGCACGGCCAGAAUGAGAACUGCGACUGUAGUCCAGAGAUAUCCUUCAAAAUCCAGUUUUUGCGGCUACUCCAGAGUUUCAGUGAUCAUCAUGAGAACAAGUACCUCCUGCUGAAUAGCCAGGAGCUGAAUGAACUGAGUGCCAUAUCCAUGAAGGCUAACAUCCCCGAGGUGGAAGCUCUUGUCAACACAGACAGAAGCCUAGUGUGUGAUGGGAAGAAGGGCCUCCUCACGCGCCUCCUCGCUGUCAUGAAGAGGGAACCUCCAGACUCGUCCUUCAGAUUCUGGCAGGCGAGGGCAGUGGAAAGUUUUCUCAGAGGAGCCACCUCCUAUGCAGACCAAAUGUUCCUCCUGAAGAGGGGACUACUAGAGCACAUCUUGUUCUGCAUCAUAGAUAGUGGCUGUACGUCACGAGAUGUCCUACAGAGCUACUUUGAUCUGCUGGGAGAGCUCAUGAAGUUCAACAUCGAUGCCUUCAAAAGAUUCAACAAAUAUGUCAACACACCAGAGAAGUUUCAGACCUUCCUGACACAGAUCAACAGCUCUCUGGUGGACUCUAACAUGCUGGUGCGCUGCAUCGUUCUUUCAUUGGACCGCUUUGAGAGCCAGACUGAAGAUGUCAAAGUGGUGGAGGUACUUUCUGAGUGCUGCCUUCUGUCCUACAUGGCCAGAGUGGAGAACAGGCUUUCCUUCCUUUUCCGACUGAUCAACAUCAUCAACGUACAGACUCUCACUCAGGAGAAUGUGAGCUGUUUAAACACCAGUUUGGUGAUCUUGAUGCUGGCCAGAAGAAAGGCUAAACUGCCCUUCUACCUCAACGCCCUGCGGGAGAAGGAGUACGCUGAGAAGUACCCGGGCUGCCUGCUCAACAACUUCCACAACCUACUGCGCUUCUGGCAGCGCCACUACCUCAACAAGGACAAAGAUAGCACCUGUCUGGAGAAUAGCUCCUGUAUUCCCUUCAGCUACUGGAAGGAGACGGUGUCAGUUCUGCUGGGCUCAGACAGGACUUCUCUCUGUGCCAUAGCGAGCUACAUUGAUGAGCCCUUCAUGGAUCUGGACAGAGACCUGCUGGAAGAUUGACCUCCAGCGUGUGCACUGACUACGCUGGGUGUGGGGGGUGGGGUGGGACAGGGCAGAGGGUCACAAGGAGCAUGGACACCUAAAGCUGGUGAUGACUCCACAGAGCUGAGCCAUCCAGACGCUUUGUGACUGCGUCUCUGGAUGUAAAGACUCACCUGUUCACUGUUUGUUCCUACGCAUGGAGGCUGUCAUCACAGAUGCGAGGGGACGUAAUCUGCCCGGGUGGCGUCUUCUCGCUGAGUUACUGCUCUUCUUCAGAGGAAACCUGUAUGCCCAUCCCAGUUUGCCCCACAUCAUAUAACAGACAAUUGAGGGACCUUGGGAAAUGACACCUGCAUUGGUUGUUUGCUUUAGGUGAAAUUCAGAUAGAGCCUUUUAUAUAACCUAUACAAAAUUCUAUGAAAAAAAUAUGUAUGAACCAACAAAUUAUAUGUUAGGAAAAAAGAUUCUUUUCACACAGACUUGGUUUGGAAAUGGCCACAGAUUAAACUGUCAGGAGUCAUCCGCCUCAACCUCCCACUACCUACACACACGCUGUCGACUCAGUGCCACUCCCCUUUCUGACCUUUGGGGGGAGAAACUGGGGUAACUGGUGAAGUUGGGAGUUUUUGCUGGGGUCUUCUCAAUGAACUGCACUUUCAUUUAACCUGUCUGUGGGUCUCUUUUAUUAGGUGGCUGUUGUUGAUUGGUGCUUUCUGGCUCUACUCUGAACAUUUAGGUAGCUUGUGAGCCGGCUGACAUGUUUCACAGGUCACACGAGGCUCCUCUCACCUAAAACCAUCCACUCUGUCGUGGCUUCAGAAGCUUCACCCAGGGACUCGUCUCUUUUCCAGGUUAUUUUUUUGCUGAUCUAUUUUUGUCUUGUUGAAAACAAUGGCUUUUAGCUCUGGAUAAACUGUAGAAUAAAACAUUGCACAGACAAAAUUGUUUUUAUUGUUUAUUAUAUUUUAACACCUUUGAUUAAAAACACCUUCAUUUUGUAACAGAAUUUGUAUCCAUGCUCUGAGAGAUGCUUUGGGAAGAGAAUAAACUAUGCAGGUGCUAGUGUUAAGAUACCGCUUUCAUUGUUCCAGUACACACAAAGUUUGUUUUAUGUGAAAUUAGCCUUCAGCCCAACAUUGUCACGAUUGGAUUGAAAGUAGAAACCACUGUCUCUGGUAAAAUCUCAGACUACAGGCUGAGAAUGACAAUCUUUCCAUGUGAUGGCUCUUCUUGCUCGGUGCCACCACUCGAAUUUUUAGUUUGGACUGAGAAGAGAGCAGAAAGCACAGCUGUGUUGAUGAUGUGUCCACGGCCUGAAUGUGCAGUUGUUUUAGUGGAAAUGGAAGGUGUGGAGCUGAACAGAUAUUCGGUGUCCCAAAUUAAACAGGCCGAACCCAAGAUGAGUACAAAUGAAUGAGCUACCUCAUAUUUUAUCCUGAUACCGUACAGAUCAAAUCACUUCUAAUGACAAGUGUACAAUUUUACUCCCAACAUGUUUUCAGUCAUAAUACAUGUUUAUGUGAAUGUAAAAGGGCAUUUCUACAUUUGGCCCGUGAUGCCAUGAGUUACUAGUGCUAUGCCGCCUUGGGAUGCAAACACACACACACACACACACACACGUCCUUUUACACUAUUGAAGCCUUUUUUUAUUUGCUUUGAUGCUAAUUAACCAGAAACAUUUCUUUGUUUUCUAGCUUUCAUUCAGCAUGUCUUAAAUCUCUUGAUGGGUGUGUGCGUACUUUGAAUUAGUUCAUCUUUUGUGCUUUGCAGUGAAGUUAAUGCAAGUACACUUUACAAGUGCUUCUCUCUUACAGAUUCUCAGUUUCUCGCCAGAUGCCCAAGAUAAAUGCUCUGUUUAACAUGAUGUGAUUUGACACAGGGUACUUCUGCAGUGGUGUUACAUUCUUAGUAGUGAUCGUAUGUUACCAUGGAUCUGAAUCCCUCUUAUCACUCCAGUUAUCCACCAUGGGAGUCAAUGAAGCUAUUGCUAUAAAAAAAAAAAAAAAACAUGAAUGUUGUCAGUGCCCUUUUGGAGCAAAUCCAUAAACAAUCCCUGACUUCUGUAGCUUUGUGAUCUGAGUUUCUGGGGGACAGAUCCCUCCAUGAUGCACAAGAGAGCUGAUUCUCAACAGUUCUGUCGUAUGUGGUGUGAUGCUCCUAGUAGGCCUUAGAUUUCAUUCAUUCAUUAGUUUGUAUAGAAAAUGGUGAACUCUUAUCCUCUUGGCCAAUAACAUGCUGCAUAGUGUUUCAUACAACACACUAUUUGACUUUAAUUUUUAGGUCCCUGAUUUUCUAACUUUAUUAACUGUAGAUUUAUGUAUGUAUGUUUAUGUGUGUUCGGCAUGAUGAGAAUAUUAUUAGACACAUGUUCCAGCCAGUUCUAAACUCACAUUGAAAACACACACCAUGUGGUGCUUUUUUUCUUUUUAAUCAAAUAUGAUUGUAUCUCACCUCACCACGGUCAACGGCAUCUGUGGAAAUUUUGUUUAAAAAAACAAUUAUUCAUGGUGUAAAAUCUAAAGCAUUAAUUCAUUUUAGAAAACAAUCCAUAUCUGGGUUUUUUUGCAUUUGCGUUGGCAUUGAAUAAUGCAGAAAGUCUUUCAUGGCUGUGUUAAAAAUUCACUUUUCCACUCUUAUUAAUCUCUUACUAAUCCUGUUUGACCAUCAAACAAACAGAGAAAAGAUUCACAUUUCAGUUUCACAUUUAACUAUAGCCACUUCUGUAACCAGCGUUAACCCUCAUGUUCCUCCUCUAAUGCUGGUACUGAACUUAAUUUUCCUUAUUUAACAACUGUUUGUCAAAUUAAUAAUAUAAUAAAUUCUUCUUUAGACCUUC